AUGAAUUACACCAAAAUUCUUAAUCUUAUGCUAAACCUAUUAAUAUUAACAUUAUUUUUGUUACAUGGUGGCACAGCUGAACAAUGUGGUAGCCAAGCUGGUGGUGCAUUGUGCCCUAAUAACUUGUGUUGUAGCCGGUGGGGUUGGUGUGGUACCGGUGAUGAUUAUUGUUUAGUGGGCAAUGGCUGCCAAAGCCAAUGCAAAGAUUCCACCGGUGGCAUUUCGAACUAUAUUAGUUCAUCUAUGUUUGAUCAAAUGCUUAAAUACCGAAAUGAUCCAAGUCUCACAAUGCAAUGUUUUGAGCUCUUUUAUUGUUCUAAUUCCAAUGAGUGGCCAUGUGCUCCUGGUAAACAAUAUUAUGGAAGAGGACCCAUCCAAAUCUCUUACAACUUCAAUUAUGGGCCAGCGGGUAGAGCUAUUGGUGUAGAUCUUCUCAACAAUCCUGAUUUAGUAGCCCAAAAUGCAAUAAUUUCAUUCAAGACUGCCAUAUGGUUUGGGAUGACUCCACAAGGUAAAAAGCCAUCAAGCCAUGAUGUUAUCACCGGAAGAUGGACACCGUCGGAUGCUGACAGGGCGGCCGGCCGAGUACCUGGAUACGGCGUGAUCACCAACAUAAUCAACGGUGGAGUUGAGUGUGGACAUGGGUGGGAUGCUAGGGUUGAAGAUCGGAUUGGAUUUUACAAGAGAUAUUGUGGCAUAUUUGGAGUUAGCACAGGGGAUAACUUAGAUUGCUAUAACCAAGCAUCAUUUGGCAAUAGUUUGUUAAUUAAGCAAGUUAUAUAA